UGUGCCCUCCACCCGCACUCAAUCUCACAGGAGAUCGACUCUAUAAUUUUUCUGGGCUGUCGAAGUAUUUCAAUAUCAGUUAGUUUUCCUACUAGUGUAGGACCCCUCUUAGGUUCCUUCCUCCCAUAUAUAUAUAUAUAUGUGUUGUCUUAGAUCACUCCUAAAAUAGUUGAGGGGGGAUUUAAUUAGAGAGAAGAAAUGAGUGAUGAACAAAUGUUACGCGAUGAACUGUUUAAACUGACGAUGCGACAGGAAUGGGAAGCAGUGGUGAAGAAAUACAAGGAAAAGGCAAUUGCUCAUACUCUGAAGCUUACGAAAUCAGAGGACACAGCCUUCCAUAUAGCCAUCUCCAGUUACAAUCCUAAAUGCCCCAACCCCAACCUCACCCACCAAAGAUGCACCGAGGAAAUGCUCUCUUUGAUGGAGGAACGUCAAUCUCCAUGCGACGUGGUGAAGAUGGGUAACGUGAGAGGAGACACCCCUCUCCAUCUCGCAGCUGCAGUUGGAUGGGAGGCUCUCUGCAGGCGAAUAGCUUCAGCUGAUCCCGAGCUCAUCAAGAUCCGCAAUGCCAAUGGUGAGACCCCUUUGUUCAUUGCAGCUCAUCACGGCAACCUCAACACGUUUCUCGCUCUCCACCGUGACGGGGAUAAGCCUGAUGAGACUCUCUGUAGGAGGAAAGAUGGAAAUACCAUCUUGCACUCUGCCAUUUCUGGGGAAUACUUAAGAUUAGCUUACUCGAUAUUGGACAAGUACAAGAAUCUUCUCAACUCUGUUAAUGUUGAUGGAGAAACUCCUCUCCAUGUUUUAGCAAGAAAGCCUAACUUGUUCAAGAGCAGCUCCCAACUUGGAUUCUAUGAAUCAGUCAUCUACGAAUUUGUUUUUGUUGAUGAUCUGAAGAAACAAUCCAAACAUAAUCCAAGUGCCAGCCAGAGUAAUGGCUCAAGUAAAGAGAAAUUCCCGGAGAGCUACAAGACUUGUGUGAGCAUCUUCCAUCUAUUAUGGGAUCCAAUUUACAAUAGUUAUAAAGGAAAAAAAAGUACUCAACAACCGUAUGAGGAGCAUGGCGUUCCAAUAUAUGAGAGUUUCUUAGCUGGGUGUUCAAGAUCCAAGAAACAAAUAGCCCCUCCUACAGUUGAAAAUGUGGAACAACAAACCAAAGUUGAAAAGAAGAAGAGCAAAGAUUAUGGCUCCUUUCCUCCCAAUUACACUACCUGCAUUAACAUUUUCAAAUUUGCAACAACGGUCGCGCUAACAAUUCUUGGAAUUGGAUUCUUGAGGAUAAGAAAGAUUCAUGACAAGAAAGUUCGACACUCUCAUGCGAUGGAGAUCAUGAAUAGAAUGAUUGAGUCGGAACCAAGUUACAAAUAUAAUAACGACGGGCAGCGCCCCAUCCAUCACUCAGAAGCAUCCACUAUUCCAGAUAGCCCUCCCAAUGAUGCAGAAACCCAAACUCAAGAAUCUAAAGAUGACCACAACAUUGGAGACGACAAGUCUAAAAGCAGCCCAUUAUUAGUAGCUACUGAAAUGGGAAUCCCAAAAAUAGUGAAGAAAUUACUUGAUGCAGUCCCCACAGCCAUUCAAGAUCAAAACUCGGAAAUAGUGAAGAAAAUACUUGACGUAGUCAAGGACAAGUACUCUAAAAGCGUAGUAAAGGACACUCCAUUAUUAGUAGCAGCUAAAAUGGGAAUCCCAGAAAUCGUGAAGAAAAUACUUGAGGUAGUCCCCAUAGCCAUUCAAGAUCAAGACUCGGAAGGGAAGAACGUGUUGAUGGUGGCAGCGGAAAACCGGCAAACCAGCGUCUUUAAUUUUCUCAUUGAUGAAGCAAAACUCCCCGAAUAUGUGUUUCAUCAUUUUGAUAAUGAAGGGAAUGGCAUCCUUCACCUGGCCGCAAAGCUCGGGGAGAAGCAGCCAUGGCGCAUUCCUGGUGCUGCUCUGCAGAUGCAAUGGGAGAUCAAAUGGUACAAGCAUGUGAAGAGGUCAGUUCCAGCACUGUGUUACAGUCAGCACAACGCAAAGGGUGAGACUCCAAGGAGAAUCUUCACACAAACACAUGAAAAUCUAGUCAAGUCAGGAAACGAAUGGCUCGUGAAAACCGCGGAAUCCUGCUCCGUGGUGGCGGCCCUCAUCGCCACCGUCGCAUUCGCCACCUCCGCCACGGUCCCCGGCGGGCUAGACCAAGUGAAAGGGUACCCUAUUCUGAUAGAUCGCAAUGCAUUCGACAUAUUCUCGAUCGCGUCGCUGAUAGCGCUCUGCCUAUCCAUCACGGCACUGGUUUUCCUGCUUGCAAUCAUCACUUCGCGAUUCGAAGAGCGGGAUUUCAAGCGAGACCUGCCGAGGAAGCUGCUGAUGGGGAUGAGCUGUCUGUUUUCGGGCAUAGCGGCGAUGCUGCUGUCGUUCUGCGCGGGGCAUACUUUUAUACUGAGGGAGAAGCUGAGGAUUGCUGCAGUGCCGAUAUACACAGCAGCGAUGAUACCAGUCUUGUUUUUUGCAAUGGGGCAGCUGCCCUUGUACCUUGAUCUUGUUUGGGCUGCCUAUGUCAAAGUGCCGCUACGCAGCUACAAGCUCUUCCAUCAGUAAUAACGCUUUUGUAUUGAUUUCUAAUGAAUCCAUAAAUUAUAGCUAGGGUUCUAUA